UGUAGUGUUUUGAAAAGAUUGUAAUAGAAAAAAAAUAGACUAUUUUAACGUUACUCAAUAGCUUGGAUACCUUCGUCUUAGAAGUAGCUAAUUCAAACAAAAAAAAAAAAAGAUAUAUUAUAAUAAUCUAUAUAAGAGAAAAGGAGUCAAUAAGGCUUAAUGAUUUAUACACUUUAUGUCCCAUUGUACUUUGCUGUAAUAAUUAUUAUAGCUGACCAUCCAAUUAGAAUUAUUACACCGCAUUUUUUUCCUCUCCUCCAUUAUUUUAAAAUUAAAUAAAAAAGUUAUUACUACUACCCUUGCUACCUUUUUUUUUUUCUUAAAUCUUACGAAACAUGAGAUUUUUUCCAGUUAUUCAACAAAGAUUCUAUUCAACAUGUCAACAAUUACCUAUAGCUAAACCUUUAAAUCAAGAACCCAUAGGUUACUUAGUAUUACCAGGUUUAGUAAAGUAUGAUGAGGCUUUAAAGUUACAGUCUUAUUUAGUAUCAAGACGUCAUAAAAUAACACAAAAAAAAUUAAAAACAAAAGUGCCUGCAGACUUGAUUUGCUUCUUGGAACAUACUCCAACUUAUACUGCAGGUAGAAGAAUACGUGAUAGUAAACAAGAGGAAAUAGAGCGUUUAAAGAGUUUAGGUGCUGAUUAUUAUGAAACAAUGCGAGGAGGACAAAUUACAUUUCAUGGACCAGGGCAAUUGAUUGCUUACCCCAUUCUAGAUAUUCGAGAUUAUCAGCUUAAUGUCAAAUGUUAUGUAUCUAGUUUAGAAAAAACAGUAAUUGAUUGUUGUGCUAAAUAUGGCAUUAAAGCAAGUACAACUGAAAAUACAGGUGUUUGGAUAAGAGAAAAUGAUAAAAUAGCUGCUUUGGGUAUACAUUUACAACGCUAUGUUAGUAGUCAUGGAUUUGCUCUUAAUUGUAAUGUGGACCUUGAUUGGUUUAAACAAAUUAUUCCUUGUGGAUUAGAAGAUAAAGGAACUACGUCUAUAUCAAAAGAAACUAAUUUAAAUCUAUCACCUAAAGAUGUGAUACCUAAUUUAGUAAAAAGUUUUGAGACUUUAUUUCGUAAACCAUUAGUGCCAAUACAAUUAAAUCAAGUAUAUUUAAACUAAAUCAGCUAAAAAGUGUUCAAGUGUAUCUUGAUUCCAAUCAGUAGUAGAUGGAUUAGUAGUUGUAUUGUUGUGAUUGGACCAGCCUUGUCGUUGUUCCUGG